AUGGAGCCAAGCGGAACUUUACCGAAGACGAAUGCAGGACUCGACACUAGCCAGUCUAACGAUGACACCCGUCCGAUUGGGCCCGAUUGCUCAGUGACAUUGGAGAGGGAGUAUGUGGUCAGUUUCGACAUGAAUCCCUCUAUGGACCCUCGAAACAUCGACUACGCAAGGAAAUGGGUCAUUGUCUUGAUUGUCUCUCUCGGGUCUCUCUGCGUGACCUGCACAUCAUCUAUGUACACAAUGACGUACCGCCAACUGACAGAAGAAUUCCACUGUUCAUCGUUGAUAGCCACUCUAGGGCUUACAACUUAUAUUUUUGGACUUGGAAUUGGUCCAUUGUUUCUGGCGCCCCUCUCGGAGUUGUACGGUCGACGAAACAUCUACAUUAUAUCCUUCACCCUCUUCCUGAUAUGGCUUGUUCCGUGCGCGGUAGCCCGCAACAUUCAAACUAUGAUCAUAGCGCGGUUUUUUAACGGCCUGUCUGGGAGCGCGUUUCUGAGUGUUGCAGGCGGCACUGUUGGUGACCUCUUCAACCGGCAGGAGCUCGCGGCCCCGAUGAUGUUCUACACUGCGAGCCCAUUCAUUGGCCCUGAGAUUGGCCCUCUUGUUGGUGGCUUUAUCAAUACAUUCACCACAUGGCGCUGGACAUUUUACGUUCUCAUAAUCUGGACCGGUGCAAUCCUGGUACUGAUCUGCUUUUGCGUGCCGGAAACCUACCAUCCAGUACUCUUGAAGCGCAUGGCAAUGAACCUUCGCAAGGAAACCGGAGAUGAGAGAUGGAGAGCUCCUACCGAGAAGUCAUACACCUCCGUCCUGCACAUGAUCCGCUCUUCCGUAUACAGACCGAUGCAACUGUUGGCAUUGGAACCCAUGUGCAUGAAUCUCUGCAUAUUUUCUGCCAUCCUGCUAGGCAUCCUAUAUCUCUUCUUCGGUGCCUUUCAGCUGGUCUUCUCCAAUGUCUAUGGCUUCAACCUCUGGCAAAUCGGCUGUUCCUUUCUGGGGAUCCUCGUCGGAAUGGUGUCAGCGAUCAUGACGGAUCCCCUAUGGCGCAGGAACUAUGCCCGUCUCGAACGGCAACAUCAAGAAGCUGUUGGGGAGAAGAACGAAUCCUUGCCCGAAUGGCGACUACCUCCUGUCUAUCCACAUGUCCACUGGGUGGUGCCCAUUAUCGGAAGCGCAGUGUUUGGAGCAGGCACUGUGCUAGUCUACUCUGGUGUAUUUACGUUCCUGGUGGAUGCGUAUCCCACAUAUGCGGCGAGUGCUUUAGCUGCCAACAGUUUUGCACGUUCGACAUUUGCAGGGGUCUUUCCCCUGUUUGGCGUCCAAAUGUACGACAGGCUCGGCUACCACUGGGCAACAUCGCUGCUAGCCUUUCUUACGCUCAUAAUGGCUCCCUUCCCGUAA